AUGACUCUUUUAUAGAAGCUACCUCUGAGUAGUAGCUAGAAGAAUUUAGCACACUUCCAUUUGUUUUGUCUGAAGAACUAUUUAUUGAAUUCGAGCAAAAUAUUAUUGUAAUUUUUUGUUAAAAGAAAAUUUAAAAAAGUAAAAUUUAAUAAAAAUAGGGAAAUGGAGAAGAAGAGAAAGAUUAGAUUAUUAAGGAAUUUUAGCACAUUCAUAACAAAGCUAUUUUUGAUACUUUUAAUGAAAGUUUAAAUCUUUUUAGACCUUACUUCGCACUUGGAGGCUCUCCAUAUGCUUGGAGUAAGAGUGAAAAGAACAUAAUCUUUUGCUUUGCUACUUAAUAAAACAUAGAUUCAAUCCUAGAAAAGGCUAAGAAAAAAGUAAUUGAAUGGGCUUCAUUCCUAUGUGGAAUAAUAAAUGAGCACGAAAAUUUAAAUAAACGUGCUUUACGCAGUGAAGAAGAUUCUGAAACUGAUGAUAAGUUAAAAUCUAGCUAGGAAAGUGACAAAUCGCCUCUUUAAAGCUUAUUAGAAAACAAUAAUCAACCAGAAAACGAGUACUUUGCACAAUCACGUGAAGAAAGACUCUCCAGAAUGCUUUUAGUUGAGAUUUUUGAAAACGAAUACAAAUGGUAAUUAUAUGAAGAUGAAAAGGCAGAAGUUUUAAUGGAAUUAAGUGAUCUUGUUUUUGAAGAACUUGUAGAAGAAGUGGUCGACGAAAUAGCUGAUUCAAUCUGAGUUUAAAAUCAAGCCUUUCAAGCAAAAAAACCUAAAAUUAUUAUAUCCUUAAGUGAACAAAUAAUAUCUGAUAAAAUAUUUUUAAACCCAAUAAGGAAAAUAACAAUUUAAAUAAAAUAGAUUUCAAAUAAAUAAUCGAUCGAUAAACUAAAUAAAAUUUUGUAAUUUAAGAUUAUAGUUAAAAUAUUUUUAAACUAAUUUACUAGAUAAAUAAAUAAACUUUAAGUGUAUACAUUUAUUUUCUUUUUAUAAAGUAAUUAACUUUUAUAAUUAAUAAUUUCAAAAUAUAUUUUAUUCUUCAAAAAUAUUCAAAGAGUCCUCAAUUUUAUUUAGAAACUAUUAUUUUUUAAUUUAUUAAUAAUUAAAAUUGAUAAGUUUGUUCUAUCAUUUUUUUUUAGUUUUCUUUAUUUUAUUGAAUAUAAAAAAAAUUCUAUACCUUAUUCUAUCAUUUAUAUAUAUAUAAAAAUAUAUAAAUCUUAAAAAAUUGAAAAGAAAAUGA